AUCUCUAUCUCUCUCUCUCUCUUUUUUUUCUCUCUAUCUCUCUCUCAGUUCUUUAUUUUUGUAUUAAUGUUUUGUUAAUGCAUUAACAAUUCGCGAAACUGAAAAUCUGAGAGUGAAACAAACUUUGACAAAAACAUACAAUAAAUUAUUAUUAUUAUAAUUUUUUAAUUAUCUCAUUAUUUUCUCAUAAUUUUUAACCAACACAGUUGCGUAGGAUAUCGUUAAAAAGCUUAACAACUGCUUUUCCGUUAUUUUUAAUUAUUCUUCAAAUUUUUAAGUAAAAAUUCAUCUUACAAAUAAAUCUUGCAAUCAAUAAAAUGUAAAUACACACCAGCAAACAUUACAACUUAAUCCGUAUCGAUAAUAUACAUAUAUCAUUUAAUGUUCAAUUUUGCAACAAAAAUCUUAAUUUUAUAAACUGUGUUAGAUCUUUAUUAAUUAAUCAAGGUAUUCUAAUUUGCGAAUUAAAUGGUCGAGGAAGUCUUUAAUAAAGCACAAGUUAUAUAAAUAAGAAUUCUUCAUGACCGUGUUGAACGUUAUCGAAUAUUGUUCGAAAAAACAAAAAAAAAAAAAAGAAAGAAAGAAAGAAAUAAAUAAACAGAUUUUUACACAUCGUGUCAUAUAAAGAUUGAUAAAUAAAUGCAUUUUUAAAAAAAUAAAAAAUUGAACUUUUAUUCGACUUUCGUUUGGAUACCGACCAUUUAUGUAAAUCGUCUAUCGAACGAUUGUUUGAUCAAUAAUUCGUUUAUACUUAUCGUUAAUAAUGUGUCAUGCUCUUUAAGAACUUUUUAAACAUCAUUGCUUUUCAAUAUGACAGUGACACAAUUAUAUUGUAAUUAUUUAAUUUAUUAAGAAAAAAUAUCACACAGUACAAGAAAAUGCCACCAAAAAGAAAAAAAGAUGAAGCUGUAGUAGACACAUUUAUACCUGAAUUUGAGCCAGAUGUAUCAGAGAUAACAGAAAUUGAUCCACAGAAACCAUUAAUAUCUAUAGUCACUGGAGAGCCCUUUGGUCCAAAAAUUUGUUAUGUUACGGAAAAGGAGGAGGAUGAGAGUUCAGACGACGAACCAGAAUCUGAAGGAGAUGACGACAUGAGAUUUUUGAAAACUGAAGUGUCGGAUGUUUCCUCUGAAUUCUGGAUUAUGCAAAAGCUAAUAAAAUAUAUGAAAGCUGGAAAUCAAACGGCUACCAUAAUAAGUUUAUGUCUACUUAAAGAUUAUGAUCUUACAAAUAGAGCAAUCCAAAAGACUAUAGAAAAAAUAGGAGGAUUGGAAAUUUUGGUUAAUCUUUUGGAAACAAAAGAUAUGAAAUGUCAAAAUGGAUCUUUAUCAGUCUUACUACUAAUAGUCACUUCAGGUGAAAUGCGUCGUGCUCUUAUUGAUUAUGGUAUUGUGUCAUCACUCAUUCAAUUACUAAAACAUCCUGUUAGAGACAUUCAAAUACUAGCUGCUGAAAUUAUGGCUAUUAUUGCACGAGUAAGAAAAGCUAGAAAACAGAUUAGAAUUCGUGGUGGUGUACCUCUAAUACUAGACAUUAUGGAUAUACCAGAUAACGUCCUUCUUCAUUCUUUUGAUGAAUUAAAUAAUGUUCAAAAGGAGUUAAUUAGCGUUGCUAUAGGUGGUGCUAAAGUAUUAAACUCUAUAGCAAAGAGCCCAAAAAUUAAAGCAGAACUUCAUAAGCAUGGAGUUGUCCAACUUAUGGCACGUUUCUUAAAGAGCGUUCACACUAAUUUAAUAAUUCCUAUCAUGGGAACGGUGCAACAGUGUGCAGAUCUGGCAGUGUGCAGAUUCUCCUUUGAACAAAUGGAUAUUAUUGCGGAUAUAGUAUAUCAUUUGAAAAAUGAAGAUAUGAAAUUGAAAGAAAACUGUGCCUUAGCUAUAUUCAAAUGUGCAGUAAAUAAAAUAACUAGCAAUAUGGUUAGAGAGGCUGGUGGUUUAGAUCCUUUAUGUAAACUUAUACGAGAUGAGAAUGUUCACGCGAAUAAACAUUUAUUAGUCGCCGUAACAGGUGCUAUUUGGAAAUGUGCUGUAUGUCCGGAGAAUGUAAAACGAUUUAAUCAAAACAACUUAGUAGCAUCUCUAGUUCCUCUUCUUCAAGAAAAUGAAGAAGAAGAUGUUUUAUCGAAUGUAGUUGGCGCAUUAGCUGAAUGUUGCAAAGAUCCCGUAAAUAGAGAUAUCUUAAGAACGCACGAGGGAUUACCAAAGUUAAUUAAACUAUUGAGUUCUACUUAUGAACCAUUGUUACAAAAUAUACCGUUAGUAAUGAAAGAAUGUGCAGAAAAUACACAAUGUAUGGAUAUUAUUAAUGAUCCUGGACAUAAAUUAGACGGGGUUCGUUUAAUAUGGUCUCUGUUAAAACAUCCCAACGAUAUUAUCAAGACAAAUGCUUGUCUUGCUUUAGUCCCAUGCAUCAAAUACGCUAAAGAUUCUCCUGAAAUGGUGCGAGCUUUCGUAGGUGGAUUGGAACUCACAGUCAGUCUCUUGGAUAGUACUAAUCCUAAAGUACUCAGUGCCGUUUGCGCUACAAUUGCUGUAAUAGCGUUAGAUCCUGAAAAUCUUGGUAUAUUAACAGAUCAUGGAGUGGUAUCAAAAUUAGCCUGUCUUGCAAAAACAGAUAAUGAAGACCUGCGCGCUAACCUAACUUUAGCUAUUGCUUAUUGUUGCGAAUGGGGUGAUAAUAGUUCUGAGUUCGGUAAACUUAGAACCGUUGCCCCUCUUGUUGGUUAUAUGAAUAGCAAGAACAAGGCUGUCCUUAAAGGAGUUUGUAUAGCGAUGUAUCAUUUAAGUAAAGAUCCUAUAAACUGUGUAACCAUGCAUAAUUGUGGUAUUAUAAAGCACAUGUUACGAUUGAUCGGUUCGGAGGAUCCAGAAGUACAAAUUGCUGCUGCAAGUACAAUUAGGCAUAUUAGAAAGCUUGCAUUAACAGCAGAAAAAUUACACUUCAGAGAAAUGAUUUUCACCAGGAGGUGGUUUUAGAGGUAGAGGAGGUGGUCGUGGAGGUGGUAGAGGUGGUGGUGGUGGUGGUGGUGGAAGAGGCGGUGGCCGCGGAGGCAGUAGUUUUGGAAGAGGAGGUGGC